AUGUCCGAUACCACAUACCGGGAACCAAGAGCUCCGGUACCAUGGACUCGCUCCGAACGUGGUCAAGUCACAAAAGCCUUCAACGAAACCUUCCGACGACUGGCAUUGCCCAGAUCCUCGCAACAUUUCAGCAAGAGAUUCAAAAUGAAGGCGGAAAAGGUCCCCACAUUUCCCACAACUAUUGCCGAGAGACGUUUGCGCCGACACAAAAGCGGCCGGCCAAUUACACCCUUUCAGUACAGAGUAUACGACCUCUGCUCACAGAUUCCUGAAGGAUAUUAUUCCACGUACAAGGAAAUCAGUGACUAUCUUAAAAGCUCCCCGCGGGCAGUGGGGCAGGCACUCAAAAAUAAUCCUUUUGCUCCAACAGUGCCUUGUCACCGAGUUUUGGCAUCGAACCAUUUCAUAGGAGGCUUUUUUGGACAAUGGGGCAACGGAUCCAAUAUCAACAAGAAGCAAAUCCUUCUCAAAAAUGAGGGUUUGGAUUUUGACGAAUCUGGAUCCUUAUCCGUCACAUUGCGCAAGCUACGUCUCUUCCGCGAGUUUAAAUAAAUGUACCCGUUUCACAGCGCCAAGAUCACCUCCGUGUCUUUAGUCUAGGUGUGGUUGGUGAGAUGAAUUCUCUUUUCUGUACAUGCUUUGUCUAUCCACUUCUUAGCUCCUAAAAGCGCACAUGGCACUUUGCCAACUAUAUAUACUUGUCACAUACAGCAUUAUGCCAAAUGGGUGAAUACGU